GUAGCGAUUUCUCGUAGUGUGUAUGGCUACCUUAAGCUGUCUGUCAGUUUAGUAAACAGAAAUUCAAUUCAAAAAUAAUCUCUCUCACUGCGCGAUAUUGGCGAAAUUUCUGUCUAAAGCGGAAACAGCCACAGAACAAAAAAAAUAACAAAAAUAAACACGUUCAUUACAGAUGUGUACAAUUUUUAAUGCAGUUUUUAAUAAAAUCUGAACUUUGAGAUUACCGUAACGUUUCAGUUGAUAACCAGAACCAGAUUUUCGCCCAACAAUGGAUCCAAAUGAGAAGUCCUUUAAAGGAGCAGCUGUUAAAAGUAACAGAAAAAGAAAAACACCAGACUUUGACGACUUAGAUGGAGGAAGUUAUGCAAAGCCUCCUAGAAAAGCUAUUAAGACUGAUCAAAUUAAAGAAGUAAAACAUGUAUUAAAGAAAAAAGAUACUUUGAAAACUAAAAAAGUUAGUAGUAGAUCAGCUGUAAAGUUAGACGAUUGUGAUGAUUCUAGUGACAACAAAAAUGAUAAUAUAUUUAUAUUAUGGGAUGAAGCAGAAAUGUUAUCCAACACAGGAAAAAUCCCACAAAAAUUGGCGGAAAAUUUUAUCAAGCUAGUGAAUGAAGGCUGUACUUUACCAUUUAUUGCAAGAUAUCGUAAAGCAGCAGUAGAUAAUCUUAUGCCAGAUAAGCUCCAAGAUCUUUAUGAUAACUAUCAAAAUGUAUCUCAACUUAAAAAGAAAGUUAAAGCCGUCCUAGAAACACUCAAGAAAACAAAAAAGUUAACCCCUGAAAUUGAGAAGAGUAUUUUGAAUGCUCGCAAUUUGUCAGAAUUGGAUUUAGUGUAUGCACCAUUAAAAUCACAUUCAUUGUCAUUGGCAGAAAGAGCCCGUAAUUUGGGCUUAGAACCUCAUGCAAUAAAAGCACUAAAUGGUGACUUUAUAGACCUGAAAAUGCUCUGCAGCGAUGAUGAAGAUUUAAGUUCUACUGAUAUAGUAGAUGGUCAUAUUACACACAUUGUAGCUGACAUCAUUCAUAAAGACACAAGGGUUCUGGAACAAAUGAGAAGCUUAAAAGAUGAAACCCGGUUUACAAUACAGAGCAGUAGAACUAAAAGUUCUACAAAAGACAAAAAAGAUGAAAAAUCUGCAAAGAUUGACUCAAAGUCUGACCCAGAAACAUAUAAAUUAUAUUUUGAGUGGAAGUGUCCAAGUCACUUUAUCAAACCGCAUCAGACCUUAGCAUUAAAUAGAGGGGAAGAUGAAAAAAUUCUCUCUGUAAAGGUUGUUAUACCAGAUUGGUUUUACAAUAAAAUGGAAAGAUUUUGUCUUUCACUCUGGAAAAGUAGUUAUUGGGUACGUAAAGGCCUUGGCGAUGCUUACAAUCGCUUGAUCAAGCCAUGGCUAUCAAGACAAGUAAGAUCAGACCUUACUGUUCAAGCUCACAAAGAGGCAGUGAAAACAUUUAUUAAUAAUUUGGAAAAGUAUCUAUUGACAGAACCAGUUAAAAACAGGAUAAUAGUUGGCUUGGAUCCUGGAUUCAAAGCAGGGUGUAAGGUUGGUAUCAUAAAUGCCAAUGGCGAUAAGUUAGAAGCCUGCACAAUACACCCAGAUUUGCGGCAAGUUAGACAUAAUGACAUAGCUGCUAAACAACUCAAAGAUUUACUGGAAAAGUAUAAAGUAGAAUUAAUCGGCUUAGGCAAUGGAACUGCUUGUCGUGAAACGGAAUUAUGGCUCAAAGGUCAUCACUUAUCGGAUAAUAUUCCAAUCGUAAUAGUUCCUGAACAAGGUGCUUCUAUAUAUUCCAUCAGUAAAGAAGCACAGAAGGAGCACCCCAACAUGGAUCCAAAUCUAAUUUCCGCAUUAUCUAUUGCCAGAAGAGUCUUAGAUCCUUUAGGAGAACUUAUAAAGGUGGAUCCAAAAAACUUAGGAGUUGGUCUAUAUCAGCAUGAUGUUCCACCGAAAAUGUUGGAGUCGGCAUUGGACUGUGCCGUAGAGAAAGUAGUUAGUUUAGUAGGUGUUGACAUCAAUACUGCUUCUCAGGCUAUGUUAAGACGGAUCUCUGGCCUGAACGAGGGGAGAGCUAAGAAAAUAAUUGCUUACCGCCAAGAAAAGGGCGGAUUCAAAAGCAGAGCGGAGAUAUUGAAAGUUCCUGGCGUUGGUAAAAUAACGUUCCAGCAAUGUGCUGGAUUCUUAAAAGUAUUAGGUGGUAAUGAACCAUUGGACAGCACUAUAAUACACCCUGAGAGUUAUGACAUAGCUAAAUCUUUUGCAAAGAAAAUAGGCGUGAACAUAAAAGACCUCACCCUACCCCAUUUUCCUGCGACAGUGGAAUCAAAAGCAGAAACUGUUGACAUAGAGAAAACCAGUAAAGAUUUGGAUACUGACGUUUGUACAUUAGAGCUCAUUAUAAACGCUUUCAAACAGAAGUCUUAUGAAGACAACGUCAUUACAUUUUGUAGACCAGUUUAUUCGUUGGCUGUGCAAGCUAAAGACCAAAUACAGGAAGGGAUGACUCUAACAGGUGUAGUCCGUAAUGUUGUGCCCUUUGGGUGCUUCGUCGAUUGCGGUGUUGGUGAAAACGGACUGAUCCAUAGGAAGAACCUAGGGAACAGCAUGACACCCAAAUUAGGCGAUCGGGUGUCCGUCAAAGUGAUACCGUCUAUGAAGGCCAACAAAUUGCAACUAAAGCUAGAGAAAAUCUUAGACUGAAUAGCUAUAGGUAACACUUUUGUUUUAACGAUCUUGAUUAUUGAUUAAUUAAGUGAAUAAAAUGUUAUUUUUGUGAUAUCUAAUAAUAAGAAUCAAGUAAAAGAUGUUGAAAUCUCA